CAUCAGCAUAAUGCUCUUCUUACCUUGGAGAGCUACUGGUGGUCAGGGGGAUUAAAAUGUUAUCUGAUUUCCCACAGAGGGGUUUGUAGCUGGCCUGAAGAGGCAGGGACAAAAACAGGAAGCGACAAGAGGAACGGCUGGGCUGGGCUGAUCACUUUUGCCACCGAAGUUGUCCGAUUGUCCAGUGAGCAGCUCUGUAGGAGCUAGGACAGGUUCACAUGUCACUGGAGAACUAACAGCACUGACCUGAAACUGAGAAGGCUAUAUCUCUGCUUAUUUACAUACUGUAGGGAUUGUUCAAUCAAGGACGAUUAUUGAAGGGACCUAAACUCUGAUGAUGAAACAAUCUGCCUGGAGGCAGAUGACUGAGCCUGGGGUUUUGGCAGGUUUCUUGGUCAUUUUAUGUACCCUCAGUCCAGUAGUGAAUUCCCACCAAGCUCUGAAACCACCAUCCUUGUACAACACAGUCCUCCAAAGACAGAAGAGAGAAUGGAAAUGGGAUAAACUGUAUGUGUAUGAGGAAUCAGAUCCAAAGACCCCACCUGAAUCAAUUGGAAAGCUAGUGAAUACACUUUACAAAGAUAUGUCCACGCAGUUUAUCCUCUCAGGAGAAGGUGCUAAUGAUAUUUUUUAUGUAAAUGACAUGGGGGAUAUCUUUGUAAAUGCAAAGCUGGACAGAGAAAAGAAAAGUGUCUUCAGACUCUCAGCCUCGAUCAUCAACAUUCAAACCAAAAAAUUGAUUGACAAAAAUGAUAAUUUUGAAAUAGUGCUCCUUGAUAUUAAUGACAACAGACCUGUUUUUCCACCUGCCCUCUCUGGAUCCAUCAGUGAAUCCUCUAUAGCAGGCACUACAGUGAUGACAGUAGAGGCAACUGAUGCUGACGAUCCAACCACUAAUUAUGGAGUGAUUGAGUACAAUCUGAUAAAUGGGACAGACCUCUUCCACAUCGACAAAAAAGGUGUUAUCAGCACACUGAACAGCUCCCUGGACCGUGAGAAACAGAGUCAGUACCUGAUUGCCAUACAAGCCAAAGAUAUGCCAGGAUUUUCUACUGGAAAUAUUGCUACAACAGUAGUGACCAUCAACAUUACUGAUAUAAAUGACAACAUUGCCACCUUCAAGACAGGAAAAUACUAUUUUAAUGUGAAUGAAGACAGCAAACCAGGAUCUGAAAUUGGCACAUUAGAGGUGGAGGACAAAGACGAGAUUCAAAACAAAGACCCAACAUUUACUAUAGAGCAAAAUAAUGAUGAAGUGUUUGAAAUUAACCGGAGUAAUGAGAAAGAUGGAAUUCUUAGCCUUAAAGUGCCUCUCGACUAUGAAACAGUGCAGAAUUACACUCUCAUUGUAAGUGUGGACGAGUACACUGUUUCAAAAUCCCCAGAUAGCCGAGGACCAAACUUGCUGAAGAGCACCCAAGUUUUCAUCAACAUAAUUGAUGUUGAUGAACCACCCAUUUUCGACCAAACUGAUUACAAGUUCAGCAUUUUUGAGGGACCUUUCAAGAAUCCAUUCAUUGGUGUUGUCUCAGCAAAGGAUCCAGAUAAAAACAGCUACAAAAUAUGGUACUCUAUUGAAGACCCAAACUGCCCUGUAAGUGUGGAUCCAGUACAAGGGCAUCUUUCCUUAAAGAGACAACUGGAUAGAGAGCAAGAGCCCUCAUACACAUUCCAAGUUACAGCACAGGAGGAUACACCAAAUGGUCAAAAAUCAUAUGCAAUGGUUUAUCUGAAAGUUCUUGACAUUAAUGACAAUGCACCAGAACUGACUAUUGAGAACGAUGUGUAUGUGUGUGAGAGUGAUAAAUCUGACACGGUCAUUGGGAUUAUUGGUGCCCAUGAUAAAGAUGAAUAUUCAGGCAGAUUCCGCUUUGCUCUGGCGAAAAAAAGUUCAAACUUUUCCCUUCAUGACAACCAAGAUAACACUUCAAGUAUUGUGCUAAAGCAGGGAGGUUUCAGUACAGAGCACUCAGUGGAGCAUGUGUUGGAAAUCGAAAUCUCUGAUGGAGGUACACCAGAACAAAAGAGCAUUAACCCCCUCCACAUUAAAGUGUGCACAUGCCAGUCGGAUCGAAGGAUGGAGUACUGUAUGGCUUACGCCCAGACUGGACUGAGUGUCAGUGCCCUCUCAGCCAUUCUUCUCUGCAUCAUCACAAUCUUGGUCAUCGUCAUACUCAUUGUGUUGCGGAGACGUUAUCAGAAAAAUACUUUGGUCACACUCUGUAAGUCAUCUGGCGAGAUCCAUGAGCAGCUGGUGAGAUACGAUGAGGAGGGUGGUGGAGAGAUGGACACAAAUGGCUAUGAUGUCUCCAUCCUGACCUCCGCCUGUCAUGACAGCAGCUUUCGGCCUGGCCCAGGGCCUUCACUUUAUGCCAUGGUGAAGAAACCCCCUGCCUGCAAGGGCGACAUGGCCAUGAUGAUCGAGGUGAAGAAAGAUGAGGCAGAUCACGACCGUGAUGUAAUCCCCUAUGAUACAUUACACAUCUAUGGCUAUGAGGGGUCUGAAUCCCUGGCCUGUUCCUUCAGCUCUUUAGACUCAUCCUCCAAUGGGUCUAAUUUGGACUAUGACUUCCUAAAUGAUUGGGGGCCACGUUUCAGGACCCUGGCUCAGCUCUAUGGAGCAGAUGGCUCUGACACUGAUAGCUCCUACUGAUCCCCAGAAAGAAAGCCCAUAUCUCAGUGGCCAUCGUCCUAGGAGAUUAAAUCAAACUUAGAAUCCAUCAGAUGCUAAAAUGUGGUAUGAUGGAGACUGUUGUAUUCUCUUCAUGGGACUUUCUAUCAGAGUCUCUUUAAAAGAAUGAUUAACAAGUGCCAAUACUUGUUUACUUCAUGUAUUGUUAUAACAUUUUGUUGAGCACUAAAUUGUUUGUUUAUUUGAUAGAAUAAGUGUUGGUAUAAACAAAAAAUUGCCUUGGUCUUUCAGACUAGUUUUAGUAGAGGUAGAUUUUGUAAAAAAAAAAGUUUGACAAGAGCUCAGUUUUGGGUGUUUUAUCCAUACUGCCAAUUAUAACUAUUACCUAAAUGUAUCAGCAUGAGUGCUCUUUUCCUUUUCUUUCUUUCUUUUUUUCCCAUUUGUAUUAUUAUGUUUUGUUUUGUUUUUCAUCUUGUACUGUUUACAAAAUCCUUAGUUUGUGAGUUUUUUUUAUUUUUUUCUGGACUUUUUUCUAAAGCCAGCAUUGUUCAGCAGCUGACUCUUCUCAUCAGGAAAACCACUGAAUUGCCAUGGGAGCAACAGAGGAAGCAGUGUUAACUGUAUUUUGAAAGUAUUAAAGGCUACUCAAAGUUCAUUUGACAGGAAUCAUCAGCACAUUGAUUGUUAUGAGUUAAGCCUAAAUCUCUAAGGUCUACCAUUAUAAGGUAGUUGCAGACAUCUCAGGAAACGCAUAUUGACUUGUAGCUUGUUGAAAUGUGAGAAGUGGUUAAUAUCUGAAUAACCAUUUGAGUUGUAUGUGUAGCUAUAUACACUGAUCAGCCACAACAUUAAAACCACCUGCCUAAUAAUGUAUAGGUCCCCCUUGUGUCGCCAAAAUAGCACCAACCAGCAUCUCAGACAGGCUGGUUUGAGUAUUUCUGUAACUGCUGAUGUCCUGGGAUUUUCACACACAACAGUCUCUCGAAUUUCCUAUUAAUGGUGACAAAAACACAUCCAAUGAGCGACAGUCGGUCAACAGAGAAUGGCCAGACUGGUUUGAACUGACUAAGUCUAUGGUAACUCAGAUAAUGCUAUUCUGAGAUGCGGGUUGGCACUGUAUUGGUGGCACGAGGGGGACCUACACAAUAUUAGUCAUGUGAGAAUAAUGCAAAAAUGACAUUGCUAAUCUUUUGUAUAAAGAUAGGUCAAACUAGUUUUACUCAAAUAUAUGUAGCCGACCAGCUCUUUUUUUUUUUCUUUUUUUUUUUCCACAAACUCUACAGUUUCUCCCAUUAACCAUGGGCACAAUAUGUGGAAGCCAUUUUCUGCCUUUCCUGUAGGGAAUGACAUGCCAAGCACUCCUCUCCCAUCUAAGUCAAAAUGACCUGCACCGUCACUAAAAUGUCAACUUCCUGUUUAUGUGAGCACAAGGAAACAGACUCAUUUUUAAGUGAAGGAACACACUGGAACUGUUUUCCUGUUUUCUUGUCUUGGAAAAUUUAGGAGAGCAGGAAAACGUUAAAGAACAAUAUAAAUCAAGCUGUCUUGAUCACAAAGGCAUUGUCAGUUCUUUAAAGACAAAGGUGCUGGCUGCUCUUUGUUUGAUUUCAAUAAAGUUCUGUUUUUUUUUUAUUAUUAUUUACUAUUUACGUCUAUUUACUGUAUAUAAUUUUUUUGUAGAUUUAGUACAAUACCUAAAGCACAGAUAUAUAUUACUCAGAAACACAGCACAUAUUCUCAUGAAAUUAUGUAUUUAUAUUUCUCAAAUAAUACAAAAUACAAAAAGUUCGAGAAAAACUGGAACCAUAACUAAAAUGAGAGACUUCAGUUCACUGUAUAUGUGAUUGUUCUUUAUUAUUAUCUUAUUCCCUGUGACUAAGUAUGCUUUUGAGCCAGCUGUGUGUGGCAAUAAUGGGCCCUUUUGUAAAGUAUAGUGUGUUGAAUAAGCAUUUGUAUAUAUUACAGAGUCUGAGACUUCGUAGUCCAGUAGAUGUCAGUGUUGGACAGUCAGGCUAAACAUUUAAGUGUGUGGUUAUUGUGUGGUAGAAGGAAAACAAUAUGUGCCUUUUUUUCUAUUGUGUAUAUUGUUUAAAAUGUUUUGUUUAAACAGAUUUUCUAUUUGUAUUUGAAUAAUAAACUUCACAUUCCAUACAA